AUGCGUCUUGUGGUGUUUCUUGUUGUCAUAGUUGGGUGUUGGUGUGAUGUACGAGUAUUAAUCGAUCAAAGUGGAGGAUACAAUAUUACUGUUAAUAAUCAAGUAUGGCUUCGUUCAUCGCGUAUAGCUAUAUAUACUGAUGCUCGAUGGUAUUCAACAGAAGAUAAUUCUCUUGCUUUGAUCAAUGUAACUGUCGCACAAGGUGAUGAUCCAAAUUUGGGUAGUUGGAAUGAAACAAUAUUGACGUAUAAUAUUGUUAGUAAUCAAACAUCUACUUCAAUUGUUGCUCAUAUACGUCAAUGGAAUAUUAUUUCAGCUUUUACUUUUCAUUUGGAGACGGGUGAUAAAGUUUUAAUAGAUAGAAUACCACUUGAUAUGGAACAAAUUCGUACUGUAUUUCCAUCGUUUUAUAUUGAAAAGAUCGGUAUGAAUGAUCAAAGAGGAUUUUUUACAUUUGAAGUGAUGUCAGGUGAAAGUGGUAAAUAUGCAGGUAAUUGGAAUGCAUCAAAUAAAGUCAUUAGAUCAGGUUUGCAAGGUGGUCCAGUCGUUCUUUUUAAUUUAACUCAACGAGGAGAAGAAGAUAUAUUAGUUGUUUCACCAUUUUCUCAUUUUAUGGCUACUUCAUUGACUCAAAGAAAUAAAAUAUCAGAUAGUGCAUUAGAAUAUGGUGUCAUUGGUUCAAUGUCAUCAAUACCUGCUAAUUAUAUGCAUUCAAUGAUUGUUUUCUAUUCACAAAAUGGAAUUAAUGAAGGAAUACGUCAAUGGGGUCAAACAAUGCAACAAGCAUUUAAUCGAACAAAUGUAAAUCGUCUUAAUGAUCUUACAAUAAAUUAUCUUGGCUAUUAUACUGAUAAUGGUGGUUAUUAUUAUUAUAAUACAGAACAAGGAAUGAAUUAUGAAGAAACAAUGGUUAAUGUAGCACAUAGAAUUCCACUUCCAUUUCAUUAUAUUCAACUUGAUUCAUGGUGGUAUUAUAAAGGUAUUGGAAAUGGUGUUUCUCAAUGGACAGCUCGUCCAGAUAUAUUUCCUGAUGGUCUUGCAAUAUUACAUCGUCGAUUAGAAAAUAUUCCAUUAGCAGCACAUAAUCGAUUUUGGGCAUAUGAUACAGUUUAUAAACAAAAAUAUGCUUUCGUUCUUGAUGUUGCUAAUGGAAAAGCAUUACCCAUUGGAAAUGAUUCAUUUUGGAUUGAUUUAUUUGUUGAAGCACGUAAUUGGGGUCUUGUUUUGUAUGAACAAGAUUGGCUUAAUGUUCAAACAAUUGAUUUUCUUCCAACACGUACUGAUAUUAAUCUCGGAGAACAAUGGUUAAUGUCAAUGGGUGAAGCUGCUGAACAAAUCGGAAUGAAUAUUCAAUAUUGUAUGAGUUUACCUCGUCAUAUUUUACAAGCUCUUCAAAUUCCACGUGUUACACAUGCACGAGUAUCAGAUGAUUAUGCUGUUCAUUUAAGAGAUUCAACACGUUCUCAAUGGAAUAUUGGAAUAUCAAGUAUGCUUGCUGAUGCUAUUGGUUUAGCACCAUUCAAAGAUGUUCUUUGGUCUACAUCAUUACAACCUGGUUCUCCUUACGGAACAUUGUCGAAAGAAAUACUUCCAGAUCGAGAAAUACUUAUGGCUACUCUUUCAACAGGACCUGUUGGUCCCGGUGAUGGAAUUGAUUAUGCAAAUGUACAAAGUAUUAUGAAAUGUUGUCGUCAAGAUGGUUUAAUUUUAAAACCUGAUCGACCACUAACAACAAUCAAUACAUUAGUUGCUGAUUGGGCUUUUUAUAAUGGUGUUAUACAAGGAGAACUUUAUUCAACACAAACAACUGUAAAUGAUCGAACAUUUCAUAUUAUCUUUGCAUCAGCUAUGAAACGAGAUUAUACAAUUUAUCCUUCUAUGAUUGGAAGUGAAUCAGGAAUUAUUUGGUCAUAUGAUAAUGCACAAAUAACAUCAACUUUUGAUGAUACGCAUCCUCUUGAAGUUUCAGCUAGUAAAUGUAAUGAUGUAACAAUAUGUCUUUGGUAUGUCUCACCAUUAUGGCAAUUUAAUGAUCCAGUUCGAACGAAAUAUGCUUUUCUUGGUGAAUGGGGUAAAUGGACAGCCGUUAGUCAACAAAGAAUUAUGUCCAUAACUACAAAUAAAGAAAAAACUCAAGCAACUAUUACUCUUCAAGGUGUAGCUUCUGAAAUAGUACCAGUAGUUGUAUUUCAUUCUACUUUGCAUUCUGUUGCUCUUAAUUGUUCAAUGUCGACUCAAAAUGGUCAAGCGAACCUUGUAGUUACUCCAACUAAUGUCGUUUGUUCUUAG